AAAACACCGCUGCUGUUUUUUUCCGGUGGUCUUCGGCUCUACAGGUGCUACAGGUUCCGCUGUGACGAACAUUUUAACCGCUCAACGUUCUCUGUGUACGUUUUUCCUGAGUAGCUGGAUCGCCCAGGUGCGUUUCGUGAGUUCGUUUCUGGCCGUUGACACCACUGAUCUCUAGGUUGACACCCACAAGAAGAAAUCGCAUAGCGUGAACGGUUCAAAACGUUCAGGAGUCUUGUUUCGGUUUCGGAAAGGAUGGCGGCGGACGUUCGGUGUCCCGUCGUGUUGACCGGCGACGAUCUGGGGGUGUUGGAAGAAGGGGAUGCCAUCCCCGGGGACUUCGAGCCGGGCGCCACCAGGGAGCCCAUCAUCCUGUCGGCGGACUACUCGUCCGACUCCGAAACCCCCGCCGAGUUUGACGAGUGCGGCAAGGCGGCGCGCUCCAAGAGCACCAUCAACGAGAUCGAGAGAUCUGCGUCUCAAGAGGACCCACACACGGCCGACGACCCAGGGGGCGAGCCUUCCCUGCCCGUAGAAGAGGUGCCCCCGAGUGAGCCAACCCUGGAGGCAUGGGACAGUGACCAAUGGCGACAGCACAAGAAGCACGUGUUUGUGCUCAGCGACGCCGGCAAGCCCAUCUACUGCAGGCACGGCAGCGAGGACCAGCUGGCCAGCCUGGCGGGGGUGAUGCAGGCCCUGGUGUCGUGCGUCGCCCUGUCGGGGGACCAGGUGCGCUAUGUGCGGGCGGGGCCCCUUCGGUUGGCCUUCCUGCUACGGGGGCCCCUCAUCCUGGUGGCCGCGUCCAGCCUGCCCCUGUCCCUGCACCAGCUGCAGAGCCAGCUACACUACGUCCACGCCCAGAUCCUGUCGGUGGUGACGGGCAGCCAGCUGAGCCGGGUGUUUGAGCAGCGGGGCAACUUCGACCUGCGUCGUCUGCUGGCCGGCUCGGAGCGCUUCCUGGAUUCCCUGUGUGACCUCAUGGACGAGGAGCCCAGCUUCCUGCUGGGCGCCGUGCGCUGCCUGCCCCUGGCCCCUUCCGUCAGGGAGACCAUCACCCAGACCAUGGUGCGGCAGUGCUCCAAGCACAAGAAGCUGGUGUUUGGCAUCCUGGUGGCGGAGAACCAGCUGGUGGCCCUGGUGGGCAUGCGCAAGUACCAGCUGCACCACAUGGACCUGCACCUGCUCUUCAACUUGGUGCAUGCCUCGGAGUCCUUCAAGACUGCAGAGGCCUGGACCCCCGUCUGCCUGCCCAAGUUUGACCCCAGUGGCUUCCUCCACGCGCACGUGUCAUACCUGGCACAGGGCUGCCCAGCCUGCCUGCUGCUGCUCACCGUGGACCGGGACCUGUUCUUUCCGCUGCAGGAGUGCCAGCGCAAGAUCACCGAGCGCCUGAUGUGGCAGGGCUGCCUGGAUGCGGUGAGCCAGGCGGCCAAGGGGUACAGUGUGCGGGAGGCGGGCAUUCCCGAGCUGUACCACUUUGUGUACAAAAGCAAGAGCGGGGCCCAGCUGAGCAGCCCCCGGCUGGAGGCCCCCUGCGUGCCCCAGCGGCUGCUGGCCCAGUACCGGCUGCUGCACCACCGCAUGUACCAGCCGGCCUGCCCCCUCAAGAUCCUCUUCUGGGCCUCGGACAGGGAGACCCUCAUGGGAUGGCACAUGGCUGGCUUCGAGCUUUAUGCAGCCUUUGAGCCCCUGGUGGACAAGGAUGCGGCAGUGCGUGCCAUGAGCAAGCUGCUGCACUGGAUCAAGCGGGAGGAGGAGCGCCUCUUCAUCAUGAGCUACGCCAGCCUCUGAGGGACGGCAGUAAACGUGACGAGGGCCCUCUUGUCGUCACCCCGCGUGCCUUACGAACCUAGGACCAGGGAGGGACUGGAUGGAGUUCGUUCAGCCGCCACCUUACUGGCAGCCGAACGUUAGAACAGUUUUGUGGCAAGUAAUCGUGCCGUGCGUAAAAGAUGGGACGCUCGUGACAAUUUCAAAUACGUCGCCUCUGCUCUGGGACUAAAGUCCCGUUUGUAUAUAGUACUUACUUUCGUCAGAGGCAAGUAAUUCUCAUCCACUGCCUUUUGCAAUGUAACGAGCAAUUAACUUUUCCAUUAAAAUAAGUUGUUCACA